CUUGAAGUAGAUGGGAGGGCUUUGAUUGACGAGAGCGGCAAAGCCGCUUGCCAAUAACCCAAAAAUGGCAGGGGUCUUCGGGGCUGUUAUGACGUCCACCCCACCUCCAGUUCCUCAAGUCUCGUCGCAAUCCCACACUCGUUAAGAACAGAUUUCAGCGUGAUCGCGUUCGCAUUUUAAUCGUCUUUAUUGCACCUGUGACCUAAUCACGCCUACAUUUGAUUCACUGUCGCGCAGUUCCCAUAGCCAUCGCGCAUUCGUCUUGGGCUUGUUGAACCCUGCCCACGAAGAUAUAUUUCCAACGAAGCGAAUAACCAUUUCGCUCACGAGCAACUACCAGGCUUGGUUUAAUAAUCGCCUCUUCAAAGCUGGCGCCCUUUCGCUUUCGGACGUCCAAGUCCCUCACGAACAGUCUGCGUCCACAGCCUCACCACCGAGCAUCAUUCUUGCGAUACCUCUUUUCAGAAACCUGGCGCAAGGUCCGAGAUCACCAAGCCGACUUCCGCUUCAAUACCCUUCCCUACUACAAACACCGCACCCAAGCGCGCAUCUACAGAUUUCUUGUCGACCGCCAGAGAAAGCGGCUAGCAAGAGUCCCUAAACGUCGAGGUAUUCUCGAGUACCUCCGCGGCCGCCGCCAAAGAAUAAUCACCGGCGCAAGCAAAUAUAUCGAUAAGGAUGCAAGCUCUGUAAAAAGAACUGCAAUGACCACACCGAGAUACCCUCGACGAGGAAGCGGCGAAUUUGAAUACGGCACAACUCAUGACCACGGAAGGAAUGAGGGGGCAGAAGUGAAUGAAGCCCCCGAGAGAGGAGGCAGGAGACGGAAGAUUGCAGGAUACCUUAAAGCGGCGAAUGAAUUGAGGCAGUCAUAUCAAACUGCUGCGAAUGCAAAAUGGGAAGCAAGGAAAGAGGACGACGAAGACAAAGACCCAAUGCCUGGGUCGUUUCCUGAUGUAUCGAUUGUUAGGCAUGGAAACGAAGAGCUGAUUCUGUUCCCUUCAUACUGCAAGCGGCACGUAAAGCGACAGCCCAACUCGCAACUGGCGUCCGAUGAUCUGACGCAAACUCGAAGCGGUGACAGUACAGACAUUGGUUCGGAGUGGUGGAAGGGAGAAUGGGAAAAAUAUGAAGACGACAAGGCGAUCGUUGAUGUGGAUGUACGAGGCUGGGUUUAUACGCCUCAUAGAGGCCCGAUGAAUCGCAAAAAUCGCCUGCUAUUAGGGCUUGCUCGACAGCUCAGUGGCGUCCCUGCACUGAAAACGUCGAAGAGCCGCGAGGGCAGCCCUGAGCGCACAUCCCUGAAAGCUAGGCACGAGGCUCAUGAAGCUCAGAGAGACGAGGAGAGGAUCACACGUGAGGCCGAAGAAAUUAUGCGGAAAGGAGAAGAUGAAGCGGAGGUUGCAGCGAGAGGAGGCUAUAGUGAGGGCCAUGGACAGGGACUCCGCAUUGAUAGCAUGCGUGGCAGCCGUAACCGAUCUCAAGGAACUCCCGGGCAACCGCUAGGAUCUGGCCAAGUUCCGAAACGGUCAUCGUGGAAUCAACCAUCGGAUAUGAGCCCAGAAGAGCUGAAGGCAGCAAAUACGAAUCUCAUGACUAGGAUAAUGCCAUUUUUGACGAAUCCGCUUGUAUCGACGCCAAUAACUGUUUUCUUUUACGACAACAAGUCGUCCCAAUCGAAAACUGUAAUAACGAACGAAUCCGGUCACUUUGAUUUGAGAGCCGCCUUAGACUUUGUACCAACACAUAUCCGCGUUCUCGCUUCAGAAAACCUAUCAGCUACAGAAGAGGUGAGGAUCACAGAGCCGAAAGGCGUCAGCGUGAUCAGCGAUGUCGACGAUACUGUUAAACACUCAUCAAUUAGCAGCGGAGCACGGACAAUCUUCAGAAAUGCCUUUAUCCGAAACCUGAGCGACCUUACCAUUGAUGGUGUCAAAGAGUGGUAUAAUCAGAUGUACGAUAUGGGCGUUGGUAUACAUUACGUAUCGAAUUCGCCAUGGCAGCUUUUUCCUGUAUUAGCAACAUUUUUUCAAACUGCCGGACUACCGCCUGGAAGCUACCAUCUGAAGCAAUAUAGUGGGAUGUUGCAAGGGAUAUUCGAGCCUGUUGCGGAACGAAAGAAAGGCACGCUGGAAAGAAUCCUUCGAGAUUUCCCGGAGAGGAAGUUCUUGCUUGUGGGCGAUAGCGGGGAGGCGGAUUUGGAAGUAUACACGGAUGUUGUGCUUGCGAACCCUGGUAGGAUCAUUGGGGUCUUUAUUCGAGACGUAACCACGCCAAUUGAGCAGCCAUUUUUUGACGAAAGCUACGGCGCGUCUUAUGUUUCUCGAAGAUUGCCUGAGAAACCAGAAAAUCAGGGGCAAUACGGUAGCAAUACGCGAACCAAAAAACCUGAUGUAUCAGACCGGCCUGACAAGCGACCUCCGUUGCCAGCACGGGCAGCUUCAAGCACAGGACCAAUAAUGGGCGACCUUAUCGAUUUUGGUGACGAAGCCGAUGAGGCUCACAAACCUUCCAGUAAUGACACUUCGCGCUUCAAUGCAGACCUUGUAGAACUAGAGUCGCCGCAGAUCAAGAGGAAAUCCGUUGCUGAAAAAGGAGCUAAACCACCAGCACCACCGCCACGACCUAUCAAGCCUCUCUCGUUAAGAAGCAGGACUUUAUCAUUCGAGAACGCACCACAUGAUUCACGUGUUGGAAACAAGCCGGCAGAACCAUCUCACCAAACCCACCAACGCACGUCUAAACCCAACAACCCUCUCCCAGACGAAGAAAAACAGAAAAAGCAGCCGCCAUCUGGCGACGACAGUUAUAUUUCCGCUGCAUCUGCCAAAGCAGCGGAAACAUAUAAUGUUAUGCCCAAUGUCUCGCCGUAUAUUCCUUUCGGCAGUGAUCUUUCGCUGCCCCAAUCGGUGAACUCUUCAUUCGAAAAUUUGUCUACCCGCCAAGCCUUAACUGCAAAAGCUGCUUCUUACGCUACUUCGGCUUCAAACAGAAUCAACGCUUACCGCUCAUCUCGGGCCGAUGUAUCAUCGACUCUUAAGCGCCCCGACAGCUCAGAUUCUGAUCUUCCUUCUGGCGCCAGCACUCCGCCGAUCAACAAGAAGUUGGAGUUGUGGAAUAGAAGGUGGGCAAGAGCAACCGAACUUUUGGGUAAAGAGGGAGUGACUCUGGUAAAAUGGCGGAAGGGGGAUGAUGUUGCAGAGCGGGCGUCGAAGUUGGUACAGAAUGCCAUGAGGGAGAUGGGUGUGGAAGGGCACAAUGGAGCCGACGGAAAGGGAAAGACAGGAAAGGGAGGGGGAGAAGCAAAGGUGAAAGACUUGAAGAAUUAGUGGUGAGGCAAUGGGAAAGAAUAUUGAUAGACAAUGCAGGGACGGCGGCAUGACAUAUUCGUGAAGG